AUGAGAGAAGAUGCAGAAUUCCUAAGAAAUGACUCUCCAAGAAGAAUAUGCUCUUACACAAGGUCUCAGGCCAUGGCAUUGUACGAAGAGCAUCGUAGGCACAUUCUGAAGGAACUGGUGGCCAGAGAGGUCCAAAGAAGAGUAACAAAUAAGAUACUUGGAAAAAAGGAAGCUGGUGAAGACCUGCUAUUCGCCAAGCACCGGUAUGAUACCUCAAUGAAGGGAAUCAGUGGGAUGCUGACUGAUGCCGAGUGCUCUGCUUCAGCAGAUGAGGGAGAACCCACAGAUACAGAGCAAUGCCCCGAGACGUUGUCCCUUGCAUCAAGCAUGCCAUAUAAGCCCAGGCCAAAUGCUAAACGGUAUGAAAGGUUUGUGGAUUUGGAGGCCUGCGUGUCUGGAGAUGAAGAAAGCUCUCCUGAUGCGGAUGAAGAGGAUUGUGAUGAUUUAUCGCUUAUUGCCUCUUCUGAUGAAGACUAUGAAGCACCUACAGAGAAGCAUAACAAAGACAUGCUGGAAAUAAAUAGGAACAUACUGAGAAAUCUCAAAAGGAAGUUUGUAAAAAAGGUCCAGCAUAAAGCCUUCUUUGGACCUGAGGACUGCAUGCCUGAGGAUCAUGCAAAAAAGGAAUCUAAUGAUUAUGAAAUAAUAGAAGAGGAAAAUACUAGUGUUUCUGAGGAUAUGGGCGAAGAUAUCGUGGAGGGUUUUGUGUUUUCCAAGGAGGAGAUGGUGUAUCCGCAUGAGGCAAAACCCAUUUUCACUGGUCAAGACCAGGUUGAAUUUACUGAGAAUGUUAAGCUAGCAGAAAAGAGACUGGGAGAAGGAAAGAUGGCAUGGGAUUUUGAUGAAGACAAGUAA